AAUUUUGUUUCUUUUUCCAAUGACGAAUCAUCUAUGUGUGGUCUCCUGUAGUCCUUCUUGUACAGCUGCCUGUGAAGAGUCUUUGGAACGUAUAGAAACGGCUUCUUCAGGUAUGGAGGCCAAGAAAAGAAGUUCUCAAGUAAAAUCAACAGAUAAGAAGACGUGUCAAGUGUUAAAAAGACCUGAAAAGAUAGGUGAAUCCAAAAAUCAAAAGGAACCCAAGUGCUGUAUCGUUUGUGUGGAAGUAAAGGAAAAAUAGGAGUUCUCGUUUACCAAUACGAUAGUCGGGUAGUUAAUUUUCUUUACUAUUAUUUUUGCUUUAUAAUAUGAUAACAAUGUAAAAUGGUUUUCAUUUGUUUCACUAUGACAGGCGUUUCCCAACUUUCAUGGAUGAUUGUUUGGAGAGACGUAUCAACGGUCAUUGGAAUAUAAACAACCUUUUUUUGUGUUACAAGGAAAUAGCGUAGUGUAACGAGUUUAUCAGUAGACAUAUUCAUGUCUGUAACUUGUCUACACCUUGACGUCUAGUUGUGUAUAGUUGAACUCAUGACAAACUCUCUGGUACAAAGCUAUAUUCUUUCGAGUUUUGGCUCGUUUUUGUUGAUGGUAGCUUACGGUCUGAACCUUUUUGGAUUAUGUUCCAGUACUUCUUUGCUAUAUUCAAGUUUUAAUGCUGUUGGAGGAGCUCUCAACGUAGCAGGUUCUGUGCUUAUCAAGACUUGGCCUUUCGUGGUAUUGUACGGACUUUGGGCUAUUGUCGGUAUUUUUGGCGUUUUGAGACUAUUCUAUGAAAAAGUAAAGUAUAUGGUGUUAAACAGAUACAAGUUUGAAGAAUAAAGUGUUUAUUAUUUUGUACUCGAUAAUUGCAUAAUAAUAAUAAUAAUAAUAAUAAUAAUAAUAGGGAAGAGAUGGAGAUGGCAUUUCAUCCUA